UAUAUAAUUUGCUGGCUGGCAAGCAAAUUGAGAAAAAUAUUCAUAUAAAAUGCGCAAUUAUUCAGUGAAAUGUGUUUGUGAAUAUGGCCAAGAUGAUUGGGAAAAUGUUUGAUACGCAUAUUUCUUAAAGUUGAUGAAAAUUGUGAUCGCUCCACUCAGUUGUGCACGAAUUGUAUAUAAUUCAGAGUCAGUCAGUCAACAAUAUUGAAAUUCAUUUGAAUUACUUUAUUGACACAAUGGACGCCACUCAACUCACCGAGCUGAUGGGUAGUCACGAUUUCAUGCAGUUGCAGCAGCAAUUGCAGCACAACUACAACACCGAUGGCCACAAUGGUCUCUCGCCGGAGUCUGUGGAGCGCAGCUCCAGACCUGUACGACGCGCCACGCGACGCACCUCACAGCUAAGCAAUAACACCUACGAUCUGGAGAUGACCGAUUCCAGUUCGCAGAGCGACGAUACGAGCGGCGGCGGUGGCAGCAGCAACGGCGGCGGCAGCAGCACCAACAACAACAGCAGCAAUCAGCUCGGCCCUGCGCUGAGCGGACAGCGUCCCUCGAGUCGCGGACGGCAGCAGAAUGGCGGCAAUCUAACAGCCAACGGCAACAGCAACAACAACAACAACGGCAGCAGCAACAACAACAACAACAAUCGUCGCCGCAAAGGCGCUCUCAAUGCGAAGGAGCGAAAUCUACGCCGACUCGAGUCGAACGAACGGGAACGCAUGCGCAUGCACAGCCUGAACGAUGCAUUUCAAUCGCUGCGCGAGGUCAUUCCGCACGUGGAGAUGGAGCGACGUCUGUCCAAGAUCGAGACCCUGACGCUGGCCAAGAACUACAUUAUCAAUCUGACGCACAUUAUACUCUCGAAGCGCAAUGAGGAGGCCGCUGCCAUGGAGCUGAAUGCCGGCGCUGUUGGCGGCGUCUUGCUGACGAAUCUGACAGCCGACAGCAAUGUGGUUGCUGCUGCCAAUGGCGCCAGCAAUGGCUUGUGCUUUGACGAUGCUCUGACUACUGGAGGAGGCGGCAGCGCUGGCGGCGGUGCCUACGACUGUGCGCUGCUCGCUGCCAGCGAUGGCAGUCUGCUGAGUGCAGCAACGAGCGCCAAUGCCAUGCAAGCGCUGCCCAUGCACAUGCACGCCGAGCAGCAGCAGCAGCAGCAGCAACAGCAACAGCAGCAGCAGCAACAACAACAGCAUAUGCCACACCAUCAUCAUGCCCAGCAGCCGCAAAUGUUGCACUCACAUGCGCAUCUAGGCAACAACAUGUUGCUGCCACAACAGCAGCAACAGCAGCAGCAACAGCAGCAGCAGCAGCAGCAACAGCAACAGCCACCGCAGCAACCAACGCUCAUACUCAAUGGUGGCACCACUUUAAAUGUGGGUGGCGUUGCUGUUGCUGUCGCUGUGGGUGGCUCCGGCAAUGUGGGCGUGUCUGGAGGCGUGGGCGUGUUUCCCGAUGUCAAUGAUAAUUUCGAUGAGCCCUUUCGGGAGUUUCUAUAAACAACCGCGAGUGGAGCUAAUUCUGUAGGUCUGUGGUAAAAUGGAUAUAAGGACACAAAAUAGAAUUUAUAGCAUACAUAAUCUCCAAUAUUAAA